AUGAAGAGAGCCUUCCCCUUGCAUCGUAUAGGCGCUCUCUGCUCUACACUACAUCGCAAUGCCGCUUCUGCCGGAAGGCUGAGCUCACGCCUGACGCUGCUUGCGCGAGCGGGAAGGCUGGACUCGCGUUCUUACGUUGCCACCAGAAAUCCCCUGACACAAAAGGAGCAAAGAUAUCCGUCUAUAGAGACUCUGGACCCCGCGCGCCUUGGCCCGUCUGAUGUACUCGAUUUCUCGGUUCGCGCACAACCCACGAUCCAACUGCCCUCGGGCAGGGCGAAAUUCACUUACCAUCAGCCUGGUGGCCUGCUCGCGAACGGCCGCUCGUCAGUAGUUCGCUUUCCCGCCGAGGCCGUAGGCUUCCUCUACUUCCAUGCACCCUCCUGCUCGUUGCGCUUCCGCAUCGUGCCCAGCCGCCUGCCCGAAGACUUCGACACCGGCCGCGAUCUGCUAUUGCCCAACGGCGACGACACGUGGUGUGUUCGUCCCUCGACGCUCGCAUGCUGCAGAGUCAUGGAACACGUGAAACGACAUAUCCUACAAGAGGGCUUGGUGACGGCGUCUGCACUCCAAGCCAGAGCGUGCACUAUAGCGACCCUCGACCGCCGCAAAAUCUCUGACCGCGAUUUGCUGGACCUCUCCGGGUCCGCGCGCCGCGUACGAGUCCGGCUGACGCGCCCGAACGGCGCCGCCAUGCGCCUGCUCAUCAGGUACGGGGACUCCAGCAGUCGCACGCCCAUCUCGGACGGCACGCGUGGAUUCCUGUACUACCACGCCACGCCCAACCCCUAUGACAACGCCAUCCGCCUCCGCCUAGCGAGCUCUGUCGCCGAGUUUGACGACGCGCCCGACCUUCGCGAGCCCUUCUUCGACACUCCCUGGGGCAUCACGCUCGCCACAAUCGCCACAACACCCUCGCGCAAGGCGCUCCUCGAUUACCUUGUGCAGGAAGGCCUCGCGGACGAGGUAGUCGUGCGACAUUUGCAGAUGACACGAUCUGUCUCUCGCCCACACGACGUGUUCUUCGUGAACUUUCUCUCUCGCUGCACUCACAUCGAGCUCUGCGGCGACGAUGGCGCACGUGCACGCAUCAAGCUAGAAAGUCCGUUCCGCGAUUCGGAUUACAAGAGGCCCACCUACGAGGGGGCCGCGCUGGCGCGUCUCGCGAUCCUGGCGUUGAACGAUACAACGAUGACUGUCGGCAUCCGGAUAGAAAAGCUGCUUCACGGACCCCGUCUGUUGCCACACGUAAGCGCUGACGGCCGUGGCGGAAGUCUGCCGUCCGAAGGCAAGGAGGUAGCGCGCUAUAGGACAGGAGUGCCUGUAACGACACACGUCAGGAAGGAUAGCGUGGCCGGCCGGAUUCUGCUUCAGAUGAUGGCGCAGGAGGACGGCGAAGGGCGCGCGUUGGAGGCGCAGUGA